GUGUAUUUCUUGUGGGUUACAAGAAGUCAAAAGCACUUUGAAUGGUUGACAGAUAUUAUACGAGAGGUCGAAGAAAAAGAUUCUAAUGAUCUUGCCAGCGUUCAUAUUUUUGUCACUCAGUUUUAUCGUGAGUUUGAUUUGAGGACGACAAUGUUGGUAAGGAAUUUCACUUGCAAAUGCACAAGUAAAUUGCUCAAAUUUUAUACAUUAUUAUUCCUUUCUUUAUUAUUUCUUCUCCAGUAUAUUUGUGAACGCCAUUUUCAAAAGAUGUUGGGCAAGUCUUUGUUAACCGGACUGCUAUCUACAACUCACUUUGGCCGACCCGAUUUUAUGCCAUUCUUGGAGUCUCUAUCGACAACCACCCAUCCGUGG